AUGGAUUAUAUCGAAGAUGAGUAUCUUACGAAUCUUUCUUGGUUAAAAGUAUCAAAUAGUAAUGAAUUACAAUCAACAGUUAAAUGUUCAAAUAAUUAUAUCGAUGAUGAUCUACAAUGUCUUUGUUGGGUUGUUAAAAUGAGACCUAAUUCAUAUUCUUCUCAUUCUCUUAAAAGAUUAUCUUCGACAACAAAUAAAAACAAUCAUUCUGAUCGUUCUUUAAAUACAAUAAUAGAUAAUAGAAGUACAAAUAAUAGUACAACAUCACGACGAAUAUUAAUGGUACGAACUUUAAAUAAUCAUUUAUCUCCGAUAAAACCAUCUCAACAAUCAUUUAUUCUUAUUCGUUCAUCAAAUGGUAAAAUAUCAUGUUUAUCAAUACGUCAUUUUGUCUGA